AUGAACCAGACUGUCAGCCAUGAUGAUAGUGGAGAUGUCUUCACUGCCACCAUUACUGUACCACAGUUCAACACCAGCUACAGUGUGUCAGUGACUGCCAUCAACUCUUGUGGUCUCUCCAGUCAGCCUGCCACCACCACUGUCCUCAGAGAAGCGAGAGUACCACCUCGGCCACAAUCAGUGUCUCUUUCGAUGGAGUGCAGCGUGAGCCGUGUUAGAUCCGUUAACAUCAGCUGGAUGGAUGGAAUGAGAGAAGAUGGUAUAAUGUAUCCAGGGGAGCAAACGACUAUGGUGGUGCUGACUCCUGGUAACAUUGAGUGCACUGUUGCUGGCACCAGAUGUACUGCCAGUAUCACUGAGGAUGACAACUACACUUUUAAUCUCACUCUCAACAACAAUAUUGGCUCAUCUGCGCCAGUGAUUGACUCAUUUAACUCUGAAAUUCUGUUUUCUGACGAAACCCUAAACUCUUUACCCUCAAGUGUGAACAUAACUGUGAAUCGUUUCUGUGCCACUGAUGGCAAACUGUUUCAAAUCACAGUUAGAUUUGGAGUAACAACAGAUACUAGGGGUAGCUGUUCAUAUAUGGGUGCCAGUAAAACUGAAAAUUAUUCAUCUAAUGGAAAUCAAUUUUCCCCUAAUUUCACUCUGACAACUGGAGAGAGUUUCUGCUACAUGGCUAACCUUACCAUUGAUGGGAGAAAUGUUGCUAGUCUCAAUGGCUCUGGUGACACAACUCCUACUGAAUCACCUACCCCUGACCCUAACCACAGGAAUGUUGGUGCCAUUAUCGGCGGAGUGGUUUGCCAGCGUCUUUUGAUCAUUGUGGUUAUUGCAAUUGUAUUGAUAGUGGUUUUCGUGAUUCAAAAAAACAAACGUCCGAAAGAAAGCCAAGAAAUCCCACUAAAGCCAACACACCCAGAAGAAGGUGGUCAGGAGGCAGGCUCCAUUGCCCGCACAGCUCAUCCUGAAACUGGGGAGAUCUACACUGAAGUCAGCAAGCCAAGAAAUACUGAGCAGGCCCCUACCACCAUUGAACAUCAUGAAGGACCCAGCGGAGACCUGUAUGCCAUGCCACUGACAUCAGGGAAGAAAGGGAAGAAGGACAAGAAGAAAGGGAAGGGGAGAGAGGUGGAAGCAGAACAGCAGGAGCUGACAGAGGAGGAGAAGGCUGCCAUUUGUGAUGCAACUUCGGAGGACCCUAUACCUGUGACAAUCAACUGGAUGUAUGGAGAUAGGGAGGAGGGAGUGAUAUAUCCUGGGGAAGUUAAUGUUCAAGUGGAACUAUUUCCAACCAAGACAUUUUGUCUCAGAGACACUGCCACCAGCUGCACUACUAACAGUGCUAGAAAUGAUGCCCUGGACAUAACUAUCACACAAACCAAUCACAUAGGCUCAACGCAGGAUUUUCACACUUUUGACUUGCAAAUUUUGGCUGUGGAGGAGCAAAUAUUACGACUGGACACACAAUUGCUUGUCGUGGUAGUGAGGUUGAACAGACUUUGUCCACAGUCACCGGUUCUGGUGACAUUUGGAUCCAGGGUAGUGGCUGGAGGACAAUGUCAGGGUCAGAAGAAUGCAACUGAAAUGGUCAUCAUUUCCGGAGCCUCUGCCUCCUUUUACAUCAAUACUUCGAACAUCUCAUUGGGCACAGAUGAGACAUAUUGUUUUUUAGUCAGCGUGGAUGGAGUGGUCGUGAUAUCUGGAGCUAGUGGUGACGAUGACCCUACUGCUACUACUGUCAAUGUCCAAGACUGUGAUGACAGUUGUCUAUCAGUGGGAGCUGUUGUUGGGGUAGCUAUUGUCCUACUGGUAGUAGGAGUACUAGUGGGUUUGGUCAUCGGCUGCUGUGGAAUGUGGUGUCUGAUGAGGAAGAAGGGAGGCUACAGCCCGUCAGGUGGUGAGGGGGAGAAGGAGAGGGAGUUGGCGGAGGAGAUGUACGAAGAGCCAGUGGCAGCUGGUCCAGGGGAGACUGCCUUCUCUGUCUCUGACAACCAAGCAUACGGCCAAGUCACCUCUAGGCAAGGAGGCAGGUGAAUGUAUCUGCUAACAUGUAGGAAGUUGAAACUCACUCUGAACCUUCAGUUUAACAUUAGUAGCCUAGUAUUAUUAUAUAUAGUGGUGUGUGAAAUUCCCUAAUGUAUGCAGGCUUGCUUUGCUUGCUAAUUUUUCAUAGAGAAUAAUAUUGAAGUAGCCGGUACACACACAU